AUGGUGGGUAGUGCUGGUGGUAGUGGCAGUGGGAUAGAGGUGGUAUUAGUAGUUCCCUCAGUUGUUGUCGUUGAAAGCGUGGUGGCCGACAGGUUGGCACCUCGCCGUCGCAAUGUUUGCUUAGACAAGAAACUGACUUGUUUUGUAUGGGAGGUCCAACCCUUUCUCCUUCUAUAUACCACGUUUGACAAACAAGGUAUCCUUUUGGUAUACUUCUGUUGAAAACUGAUGUCCCUUGCAUAUAUCUGCUAAUCGUAGAUCAUCUUUUCAUGAACAAAUUAAACUGAUACGGCCAUCAGUUGCGUCGAUAUAUUUUAAUUCUAAGGCCUUUUAGAUACCUAAAUAGACCGCGAGCGGUUGUCCUUCUUUCCUAAGAGCCACGAGCGACUAACAAAAACGCGAGAUUACUCCUCCUUUUUAUAUCAGAAGCCUGAAAAAGGCACACCUUUGGGGUGGAACUUCCACAUAUAGCGAGUACAUCUCCCUGAAAUCUUUUCCUCACUAUGUUACUUUUUACCCAAGUGCUCUAGAUGUUUGCUGGAGGUAUACUGCUUGGGAUAACGUAACGUAAGACUUUCUAAAAAGUCCUCCAUUUAGUUUUUCCUGAUUGUUUGUGCCAUCUGAAAGGACUUUUUAAACCUGUUUGGCGCGAAAUUCGAAAGUCCAAAAUUUUACCGCUGACGACAUGACAAUUGACCAAUAGGACAGUGAGUAAUAGUUCACGCCGCUCUCAACAUGGCAUAUGUCAGUCAUCUUUUUUCCGCGUGAAUAUUUAUAAUAUAAUUCAAAUCCAUUCAAGUCGACCUCGAGACUUCGUCACUUGCUCGGUCGCUGCGCGACCUUAUUAAUUGAAGUUCGCUUCGCUCACUUUUAAGAACGUAUGAAAGGCCGACUUCUAGCAAGUCUAAACGUCAGCUUGUAAUAGACGAACAUUCCAUCCGGGAGGGGAGUAUAGCUAUACCCCUAGGUGCCUCAUGCUGCGGAAACCGGGAUAGCAUCGGAACUGAUUAGCCACUUGCCUAUUAUACAGUCUUUACCUUUUUUUUCAGUUGUUGUCAGCGAAAUAACAGUAGCAGUUGUUGUAGUACAUUAGCACCAAGUGUUUUUCUUCAAUGUGGUGGGAGGUUUUGUCUGCCUUAUUGGCCCUGGAAACAAUACCAAUUGGGACCUUGGUCCCUGGUGGGUUCAACCGCGCUGGGAAGGUUUUGGGUGAAAGGCAAGACAAAUUGUAACGCUUGGCCAGGUCGGGAGUAGGGCGAUUAGUUUAUGUCCCAUCCCCUAACAAAUAUAAUAACAGAAAGCAGACACACUCUUCAAGUAGUAGUGGCGGAUGAGAAUUGUGGUGCUCAUAUUAUGCGUAGGGCGAAGAGGCAAGGUAGCUAAGGUAUACCAGUAGAAGAGAUAGUAAUGAUGGACCGUUUAUUGAAUUACUCUUUAAGGCUGAUUGGUCUGAUACUUGUUUCAACAGUGAAAAGAUCCUCUGCAGAUUGCUCGAAAAACAACACCUUAGACGAAAAUGAUAGAAUCGAGUUCAAAACACUGGCGGGCAAUCUUACCAGUCCUGGGUACCCUGCUUAUUUUAAGGACACCAUUCAAUGCACAUGGCACAUAUACGUCAAUAUGAGACAUUCUAUUGAACUGGAAUUCGAAUUCUUCGAUUUUGGACACAUAGAGGCGUGCUCCUCAAAAGAAACUGAGAGUCAGUUUAUUGAAGUUCGUGACGGCGCUCGCGGCGACAGUGAACCGCUGGGAAGAUUCUGCGGUAAAACAAGACCUCAGAAGCUCUCUUCUAGUGGCAGCGAAAUGUGGAUCAGGCUUAAAACAAAUGGAUACAGGUCAAUCAAAUUUAAGGCAACGUACAAGGCUGUAAGAGGUAAGACUGGUUGAUAUAAAUACUGAGUAGGGAUUAACAAUUGCAGGUAUAAUGCUACGAGCAGAUAGUUUAAGUUUAAGUUUAAUGAUACUUUGUCAUGCUAAUACAAGUAAAUAAAUAAUAUUACAGAAAAUACAAAAAGUGCAUGACUGGAGAAUAAUUGGGGGAAACUAAAUUCCCAUACAAAGAAUAUCAUCCGAUAUUAAACAUACUAAAAAUUAAGAAGUAAAAUUUAAAUGCGGCCCAAAACUAACCUGAUUAAAUUGCAUACUUGUCACUCAUGAGUUACACCUGAUUUAAAAUUGACACAAAUGAUCCAAUAGAUACGACUUAACACUGCUUAAUGAAGGUGCGUGCAUAAUGUUCGAUGGAAUACUAUUCCAGUCUGUUUUGUAACGAUUGAAAAAUGAAAAUUUAAAGUAAUUUGUACAUCUCUUCUUAGGUCUUAUCUUAAAAUUAUGGUUCCUACGCGUUUUCGCUAAUACACUAUGUUAAAAUAGAAAAAACAUGUGAGGAUGCAUGCUGAGCAGUAGACACCAUUUGAGAAUCGAUGUACUGACGUACACUUUUUGCUGAUCACAGUCCCCUUCAUUGGGUCAAUUAAUAGCCUCUAGAGGACUUCACGGGAUUCCUAUAAUCACAAGUCUAAGGUCUUAGGUCUUACAGUCAUACGAAAAUGAUUUGAAACUGUUUGCUCGCAGUAAGAGUGUUACGAUUUAUAUUUAAGUCAUGCGAUGGCACCGCUGUCCAUUUUGGCUAAAAAUCAUCCCGACAAACAAAAAAUCGAGAUUGUAACGCCUGAAUAGCGACAGGACACCCAAGGAAGCACAGGAUACCCAAAUAUUGCUGUUGUGCUGAUCUCCUGGGGGCCGCAGCAACAAUAAUUUACAGGAUCAUGGUAAUCAAGUUACUUUCUAAUGAGCCACGUUGCCAAUAAGAUCUAAUAACCACCCAGGUUUUAUAAAUCUCAAGUGACGUCUAACGUCUGAUCAGUAAUCCUUUUAAACUCUUUAUUUUUACGGCAGACGUUAUUUAACAAUUAUUGGACGAGGCUGAGCAAAAUGUCGUGAUUUGUCAGUGGCGAGCAGAUCGAUUCCUUGCCGAAGCCGCAGGCUGAGGCAAAUAAUUGAUCUGCGAGAUCAACAAUCUAGUUGAAUAAUUGUUUUAUCUUUCGAUGACCGCGUUUGGUUUUUAACGAAUACCUUCGGGAAGGGAAGCGAUCUGCCAUUCCCAUAAAGAGCAAUCACAAGAAGGAGAAAAGUAUGGUUUCAUUUACGCAUGAGCAGAAUAUUAUUUCCAGCCAAACACAGUCGGAGGCCAUUGUGCAUGAGCAGGCUAUUACUUGUAGACUGUUAUUUGCUGGUCACGUGGUGGGCUCUCGGCCAAUGAAAAGGGCGAAAUAUUAGCAUCGAAUGAUAAAAUGUGUUAUGCAUUUGGCCAGGAGCCGAUAACUGAACUGGCUCAGCCGGUCAUCUCGGUAAUCGGUUUACUAGAUUUCUAGCUGAAACGAUUGAUUGCAAUCUUUUUUAGAAGGAAACUCUUAUAAAUGGCUGCUAUCGUUGAUUUUAAUUAAAAUUUAUAUCUAUGCUGAUAGUAAUUGUAAUAAAACAUUUCGCGGCUUGUGGCAGUCCUUGUACAGCAGCCCCCUUUUUGGGGGAGGGGCGACUGUACACAGGUUGUGUACUUAGCAGCAGCAUUCGACGGGUUUUGAAAAAAAGGGCCAAGAAUUCAUUUCUCGUGACUAUAGCAACCAAUUGUCACGAAACAAGCAACCUAGGAGAAGUGAUGAAAUCCAUUUUGAUUCAUUAACUUAAAACUAAUUUAGCAUUUAUGUACUUUUUCCAUGACAGAUUCUCCAUCCACUUUGCUUGUGGUAGCCGGUGUGUCAACUAUCGUUGGUCUAAUGAUGACUUUAUUAUUAUUGACACUCUACCUGAAAAGAAAGCGAAGAAAUUCGGAUGAAGAAAACACUUCUCUCGCUGGAUCUCAGAACCAAGAGAGCGAACAGAACUGCACUGCUUGCGGUACAUCCAGAAUACCGUGUGAAAACAUUUCGUUCACUUCAGUGGCAGCUGAAAACUCGGCUGGGCGGAAGGAGUCACUUUCCGAGCAUGAACUUGUGAUUAGUAGUCGAGGAAAAGAAAAAACACGAACACAGUCACUUGGGGCCUACGCGCAAGAAAAUCUAGCACCUGUUGUAGAAUAACCGAUGGGUGAACGUAACGGAAAUUCACGAGAAAAAUAAAGAACUCUUUGGAAAGCGGUUGUGAGCGAAAACAAUAUUGAAACAUUGUUGUGACAAUUCAGAACUAUGUCGCAAGAGUGUUGCAAUGCUAUGUUGCGAAUCCUCCCUUGUAAAACAAGGGCGACUGUUUCCUUUUAAACAGACCUACGUAACCUCGCGUCAUUUAAAAUACAGGGCAGCCAAUUGCUCUGUUCUUCAAAAUAGCUGUUCUUCAGGCAGAUGUUUGCUUGCUGGGAGAUUUGGAAAAAAUAAUAUGUCCUUAGAAGAAAAGUGUUGCUUGGAAAUAGAAAAUUCUGUGUGUGUAACGGGAUUUGCAGAGUCUAAAACCAAUAUCUACACUUGUUAAAGUUGCAAACGUUUUAUUACUAGGGCCGACUAUUUGACUUUUGAGGCGGGG